AUGAUCGCAUGCGCUCAGUUGACCCUGCCAUUACGAAAACUCUUCACCCAGCGCAGGUCCCGCUUGCUGAUCCCCAUAGCGGUGCUGCUGCUGCGAGCCCUGCGCCGCUUCCUCGCGCUCGAGCUCUCAUCGCUUGCAUUGUCUGCCGGCGCCGUGACGUUGCCGCGGUCCGGCACCUGCAACUUCGGCCCAAAGACGCCCGACGCCCAGAUCAGCACCCCGUUGCUUCAACCGAACCCGUCCGCCACUUUGUCCUCGCCGCCUCCACCCGCCGCAUUGAUGUUCUCGUCCGAGUACUCUUCGAACAUGAUGCCGUCCCCCUCGGCGUCAGCGGUCUUCUGGAAGCUCGGUGUCGAGCCUCCCGUCGCCCGCCAGGUGUAG